AUGCGACAGGAUGGCGAUCUGUUCCUUGCUUCAAGUAAAACAUACAUUGGUUUAGUUGCAAUUGACUUUGGCACAACCUUCAGUGGUUUUGCAUUCGCCUUCAACUACAAAGAAGGCGAGAAAGGUAUCCAUAUGAACAAAGAAUGGGGAGCAGAUCAGGGCUGUCCUACACUCAAGACACCAACUUGCCUUUUGCUUAAUCCAGACAAGAGCUUCAAUUCGUUUGGCUAUGAAGCACAAGACAGGUUUGCAGAGUUAGAAGAUGAGGAAGCUAGAGAAUACUAUUAUUUUGAGAGGUUCAAGAUGACUCUCCACCACAACGAGGUAAGUUUAUCAACCUUCGGCCCCGAAAUACUAGUAAUUAUAAAAGAGGGAAAUUCCUGAAUAGUGAGUAAAUAUUUCCAGAAGUGAACGAGCUUUACAAUGGCAGUUAACCGUCAACAGUAAUAACAAAAAAACAUCUCAUUCCUCAUCUUAGUUAUCUUCAUUUAUUUGUUCGGUCCAUUGGUUUAUAGCAGUUGUUCAUCACAAAUUAAUAUCCAUUGUUUUGGGAUAGCAAUUAAACUUGAACAGUACUCUGGAGGCCAGCAACGGGAGACACAUGAAAGCUUUGGAAGUUUUUUCAUAUUCAAUAAAUUACCUCCACAAAAGAGCUCUUGAGGUCAUAAGAGAGAGGACUGGGGAUGAACAUUUCACGUCCCGUGACAUUCAGUGGGUCUUGACAGUGCCGGCAAUCUGGAAGCCAGCCGCGAAACAGUUUAUGAGAGAAGCAGCUUACAAGGUAUGCAAUCCUCAAGAUAUUUUAAGAAGUUUAUUGUUUAACGAAAAAACAUUCAAAACCCCCAGUACGAAAAUUAACUAAACGAUAACAAUUUGAUUUGAAUCAUUUUUUCAAAAAUUUAUUUUACUUCAUCUAAAAAUCAAUUUUCCACUAAUCUAAUUUGCAGGAAUAAAUAUGUACAAAUUAAAGCCUCUAUUUGGCUCUAAAUAUUGCAUGGAUAUUUUCCACGGACGUUACGUACACCGUUAACGAGAGUAAAGCUCCAAAAUUUUAGUACAAUCAAAGUAUAUCAAAGCCGCUAUCAAAGUCAUCAAGUUCUUCUUCUCAACUUUACAUUAGUUUUCCACUUUCAGAGUCUAAAGUAAUUUUUGCAUUCUUCAUCUGAGGUGCCUCAUUCAUCACAUUACAGAUGUGAAAAGAGAAGGCACACAUAAAUAUUUAUACGUUGAAUGUGUCUUCCACCAGGCAGGUGUAGGCUCUCCAUCUAACCCAGAGCAAGUAGUAAUUGCCUUGGAGCCGGAGGCUGCUUCCGUUUACUGCAGAGAACGAAAGAUGAGGGAUUUUGUUUCAGAGAUUGGGAGCAACGAAGCGUCAGUUUCUGAUACUAUUGCCCACACUGAUGUGAAGUACGUGGUGGUAGACAUUGGAGGUAAAUACUUAAAGCAAUCAAGAAGAAUGUUUAAACGGAACAGGUUUAAAAGAAAAUGUCGCCUUUCUGAAUAUUUUUUAAAAUCGUGAUUGUCCAAUGGGUCGCUUUGACAAAAAUGAUAUCCGUGGAAGCGGAAUUUCCACCCCUUUUUAAGGCAUAUGACCUAUUUGGGAAUGUAGGUGAGUUUUUCCCAAAAUGAUGAAAUACCGCAUAAGUAGGCGCGAAGAAACCGAAAAAAAUGUAAACCACAGGAUAUCUUAUCAUUGCAUUGUUUUAGUUUGUCACAAAGUUAGGUGGAGUUACCUGACACCGCCCCCCCUCCCCCCCCUCCCUCUUUAUGCAUCCUUCAAGGAUUUCCCUCCCAAGUUAUCCCUAAGGUUUCCCUCAUUACCCCUUCCUUAUUACUAGUAUUCAUAUUUCUAGGAGGAACCAUGGAUGUUACCGUACAUCAAAUUCAAAUGAAUGGGUCGAUCAGAGAGCUUCACAAAGCAACCGGAGGUCCUCACGGCGGAGACAAAGUUAAUGAACAAUUCAAGUCCCUUCUAGAGUCAAUUUUCAGUGCAACAUUUAUUGAGAAUUAUUCCCAGAAUAAUCCCGUUGAUUGGCUUUACCUCAUGAAUGAUUUCGAAGUAAAGAAACGAGGAAAACGGACCUGUGAAGGUGGCACAACGAGAAUUCGGUUGCCAGUAAGUUUUGUGAGUAAAUUUUCCAGUAAAAAAGGCUGGGAUAUUAAUUCAGUUAUCGAACAACGUUACAGUUUGUCGGAAAUCAAAGUCCAGCGUAAUGAAUUCCUCUGCCUUGACCCACAAAUCAUGAGACAACUGUUUGAGCCUGUCCUCGAUGGAAUUAUCACUCACCUCUCCAACCUGUUCGCCAGAGAGGAAUUGUCUGAAGUUAAAUUUGUCUUCUUAGUUGGUGGAUUUGCUGAUUCGCCACUGCUCCAGGAGAGAAUAAAAAAACAUUUCCACAAAAGCCUUCAAAUUAUGGUACCGCAGAAUGCAUCUCUUGCAGUUGUCCAAGGCGCUGUGAUAUUUGGCCAAAAACCACACGUAUUUGAAUCUAGAAUUAUGACUUCGACUUACGGCAUCCGUAUACACAGAUUGUUUCUUGACGGGCUGCACCCUGAUUCAAAGAAGGAAAUCAUAAACGGAAUUCCACGUUGUAAAGAUGUCUUCUUCAAGUUUGUUAAAGUCAACGAAGUUGUCAAAGUUGGAGAAAGACGUAGAUUCACAGGCUUUGCUCCUCUGAAAGGGGUGGAAAAGCAAAUCAAAAUUGAUUUCUAUCAAUCGGAUCGCGACGAUGCGGAGUUUGUUACAGAUCCUGGCGUAGAAAAGACGCCCGGUCGAGGAUUGGUACUCGAGACGCCCGAAGCUUGGAAAACUAACGACAUCGAGAUCAAUUUGUAUUUUGGUGGAACGGAAAUGAAGGUCACAGUGGUAAACCUCACAAGUAAUACACAAUCAACAGCCUGCCUAGACUUUUUGGCAAUUAAUCAGUAAUUAAUGGAAAUAUAUGAGUAUUUCAAGGGAUUCUGAGAGUUAAGAAAACUUUUUCUUUUAUUCAUGUUUACUCAGUUUAGUUUAAGCCAGGAAUUUCGUUGUUGACUGCUGUUAAGAUACGUCUUAAUCAAGUCGCCAAAUUCUUAAUUCCUAUCCUACAUUUAGGUCUUGCACAGUAGAAAUUUGUUGGAUACUGGCACUCCCAGCGGAUCUCUCUUGAUCUAAUGCAGCAGACAUUUACUAACUUAUUUGACUGACCACGUCAAAAUUGCUCUUAACUGCGCUAAAGUUUCAGAGAAAUGCUGAAUAUUUCGCAGACUCGAUGGUCUCCCUUUCACUGAUUAUCUCACUUUUAUAACUAAUUUUGAAAAGCUGACGUCUCGCCCCUGUCGAAGCAAAAUGAAGUCCAAAGAGCGGGCAAUGUUCAAUCAACAGCUCAAAAUUCUUGACGGCGGUCAAUUUACUCUGAAGAACUCUUUGUUGAUAACGCGGUGUUUCACUUGGCCGUCAACUCAGUAACAGAAUCUCAAAAAAAAUUAAUUACUAAAUCACUUGGAUCCAAUCAGUAAUUCUCAUCUGCUUUAAUAAUAAUAUCGAAAUAAUAAUAUCGAAGAAGAUAAAAUAAUUGUUCAUUCUUUCAAAUAUGGCUAGGGAACCGCUAAUGGAGAGGCAACGUUACACAACGGGCUCCAUAUUCUUAUUUAUCUACAUUAUAUUUUGUAGAAUCGCUUAAAACAAUGUGAAGUUUGUAAACUUAGAGUAGAAUAAGCAACAGUUUCAUGACCUUUCAUGGUGUGGAUCACGCGCUCAACUACCGGCAAACAAUUUUAACUAAAUAUCAAUUGCGCAUCGGUUAGACUAUGUGGUGUCUUAAAUUCAAUAGAAUCCAGAUGCUACGAUAAACAACUAUGACCAUUCAGAAUUCAUUGUAAAUUAGAUUAAUUCUACAAGAAACAAUAUCUUGAGAAUACUGUUAUGGACCACAAAACUAUUAGAAGAAUAUUUAAGUUGUGAAUUGCAAGUUUUUCUCGGCAUGAAACCAGAAGUUGAAAUCAUUUGCAUAAGUUCUCCGAUAAAAAUAUACUUCUUAGAAACACUAGAGCGUGCAACUUUCUUGCAUGAUGUGAAGUAAACAACAUACGGGAAACUUUCGUUACCCAAUAAAAUCCAAAUCAAUAAAAAGCG